AUGUGGAUGGUGGCAAACGCAGUAGCAUCUCUAGUCCAAUCUGUUAAAGCCUGGGCAUCUGUUUAUCAGUUUCACAUUCCAGAUUAUGAAGAUGAAAUUGCAGAAGCACGUGUGUAUAUUGAGCGAGCUGGAAGCACCUUGAUACCGAUGUUGGAAAGUAACACACCCAAUCUUGAUGUGUUAAAUAGAGUUGAUGAUUGGUUACUCUCAGCACAUAAUAUUUUACAAAGAACUAGUAAAGAUUUACAGAAAAAAAUUGUUGAAGCGAAAACGCUUCGCUCGCAAAAUUUCUUCUCAGCAGGUACAAAGGUUGCUUCUAUCGUUACCAACUAUUUGUCUUAUAAAGCAUCAGCAGCACAAGCUGCGGAAACUAGUUUGAAAGCACUUACAAUUGGUUCAAAUCUCGUACACGGAAUAUGCACAAUAGGCGAUUUGAUAGCAUCCGGUAAAGCACAUACACUGGUAUCUCAUUUGGAAAUUGAUUCAGCAAAAGUAAAGCAUCUUCAAACUCAACGGCAAAUACUGGCUGCACAAGUGCGAACAUUACGCUAG